AUGCAAAAAAUUGAAAACUUUGAAGGUUUGCUGAGGAUUGGCGAAGGGACUUAUGGCGUCGUGUUUAAAGCAAAGGAUGUGACCACUGGGAAGGAUGUGGCGUUGAAAAGAAUUCGCAUUGAAAAUGAACCUGAAGGCGUUCCUUCUACUGCUAUACGUGAAAUUUCACUGCUGAAGAGCUUGAAGCAUAAGAAUGUCGUCCAGUUGUACGAUGUGGUGGUUGCAAAUGGUGCACUUUACAUGGUGUUCGAAUAUCUUAAUAUGGAUUUGAAGAAACUAUUGGACAAGCAAAAAUCUGCUUUCACGCCCCAGUUAAUUAAAAGCUACAUGUACCAGUUGCUCGAUUCCAUUAGCUUCUGUCAUGUCAAACGUAUUUUACAUCGCGACUUAAAGCCACAGAAUUUACUUAUUGAUGCAAAGGGACAGAUUAAGCUGGCAGAUUUUGGGUUGGGACGUACCUUUAGCAUACCAAUGCGUGCUUACACUCAUGAGGUUGUAACUCUAUGGUAUCGUGCUCCAGAAAUUUUGUUGGGUUCAAAAUAUUACGCUACUGGUAUGGAUAUAUGGAGUUUGGCAUGCAUUUUUGCUGAGAUGAUACAGCGACGUGCAUUAUUCCCCGGCGACAGUGAAAUAGAUCAACUGUAUCGCAUAUUUCGUACCUUCGGUACACCUGACAAUGCUAAUUGGCCAGGUGUGCAAAAUUUCCCAGAAUAUAAAGCUAAUUUUCCUAAAUGGGUUACACAAAAUAUUCCUGAUGCCAUUAAAAAUCACAGUGGCUUUGAUCUUUUUAAGCAAAUGGUGAUUUAUGACCCAACGCGACGCAUAACAGCAAAAAAUGCUUUAAAACAUCCUUAUUUUGAAAAUGUCGAACCUGUUACAGAAGUUGACCUACCGACUGAAUACCCAUGAAGAUUACGCUAUUAUCCUUACCUCGUAUUGCUGUUAUUCUAUUGGUGCUUUUUACGAUUUCAACUAUAGUAACAGUUUAACAGCAAAGACUGAACGUUGCCAAAAACAAAAACAAAGCGUUAAAAUCUCAAUCUUUAAACUAUACUUCAAGAAGCUUAGAGUCAAUUAAAAAUGGCACAGGGACGAUGUAAUAUAGUUUUAAUGUUAUCAUUAUGAAUUAAUUAUUAUAAUAAUUGUUUUAUAAACAAUUUUUUUACCUAAU